AGUGACGUCGCCGGAAAAACGUAACGCAGUUUUUUUAAACAUCAGCAAUGGCUGCGUUGGAGACAGUGCCGAAGGAUCUAAGGCAUUUGCGAGCUUGUCUUCUUUGUUCACUGGUUAAGACCAUAGAUCAAUUUGAGUAUGACGGUUGUGAUAACUGCGAUGCCUAUCUACAAAUGAAGGGAAAUCGAGAGAUGGUGUAUGACUGCACCAGUUCUUCUUUUGAUGGGAUUAUAGCAAUGAUGAGUCCUGAAGACAGCUGGGUCUCUAAGUGGCAGCGAAUCAGUAAUUUUAAGCCAGGUAUCUAUGCAGUAUCAGUGACUGGACGGUUACCCCAGGGUAUUGUGAGGGAACUGAAAAGUCGAGGUGUUAUCUACAAAUCAAGAGACACUGCUAUCAAAUCUUAAUGACCUCAUUGUGCAUCCUGUCUAAUCUCUACAAUUGGGAUUCCCCUUCCAUUUCUGACUGGAAACAUUUGUAUCAAUCUCAACUGAUAUAUAUAUUUUGAUAUAUUGGUGUGGUGUAGCAUAUAAGUCUGUUAUGUUUGUAGUCAUAGUCCAAAGAGAUUAAUUGGAGAAUCUAAAUUCCGCAAACAUGGCUCACCUUGGUUAAGGUAAGCAUUUAUCUACAAGGUAAAGGAUCACUAAGCCUAAUGUGACUGUUUUGUGAAAUUUAGAAUAAAGUACUGCUAGAUACAAAACAAAUGUCAGUGCAAAUUUAGAUACUUUAAUGUGAAAUACUUUUUUUGAAAGGAGGACAAAUGGUAUUGAAACACUUUUUUUAGAACCAAUAGAAUGGCUAAUAUUAACUUCAGAUGUUAAAAGUGUGUUGGUGUCUUCUCAAGCAAUUCUUGAGGAUUGAUGCUUGCUUACCUGUACACUAGUUCAUGUGCUCCAUCAACGGGGAUGAUGCAAGGAAAAAUGGAAUGUAUGGUGGGGAAAGGACCAAGGGUGAUGUGGGCAUAUCAGUGAAUGGGACUGAUCAACAUGAUAGUUGGACCAGGGUCACUAGUUGGGGUUAGUCUUGUCAUAUGGUAUUGCUUGUCAGAAUUCAGCAUGUAUGGCACUAGACUGAAUUCUGAGAGUAUAGCCUUUUUGGUGGGAGGGUUGGGAUUGCUGGUUUUAAUUGGAAAGUAGGCUUGGCAGUGUUGUAGCAGAAGAAAUGCAAUAGCUUGUCGGGGAUGGCCUUAAUGUUGAAGUGGCAAUAACCUUGGUUGGGGUGGAAUUCUUGGAUGGUUGUGUAUGUGUUAGGAUUGGGUUUAAAUGAGUGACAUUUUUAUUUUUUUUCCAGUGCCUGGGUAGCCCAGAGUGUUUCUAGGGUGGAUAAUCCCAAAGGUAGUUAAGUAUUGACCUAAUUGAAUCUUCAGCAACAACCUACAAGAUGAUCUGCCAGGCUAGACUCCACAUUUAGUCAUCCCUGAAAAGCCUGCUUUUGUAAGUGUUCUAUGAUGCUAGAGACCCCACAAGUGUUUGGACAUUAGAGAAGUGACAUCCAGAUGAUGUCAUAAUGAUACCACAAGUGACUGGUUGUGAUGGCAUUUGAAAUGCAAGGAAUAGAAAUUGCUGAUUUUAAAUACAGCUUGCAUAAAAUCUCCAUUUUUCAAUCAGUUGAUUUUUAUUGCAAGUUGCACAGAAACAUGGUGCAAUGCUAUUUAAUUUCCUGGCUAGAAUAGUCCAUUAUGGUAGUUGUGCCCUUCAGAACCUAUCCAGUUUUGCUAGAGUUAGUGCUCCAAACAACUCUUGGUGAUGGACAUAUAUAUUUUUUCCAAUGGGAGAAUAUUCUGUGUCUCUGUUAUUGUCGGUGUUUCUUCUAAGAAAUUUGAUGUCAAGCAGUGCUGAUUUAUUGACUGGGUGAAACUUAGAUGAUUGCAGCUAUUUAACCAGACUAAGGUGAAAAAGUGAGAAAGUGCCAAUUGGGUUGUGUUGUGGAAAACAACUCAUUUGACUGUUGUACUGGUAAGCACAAAAUAUUUAUUAAUCUACCAUCUACCAUUGUGUUGGGUCAUGAGGCGGAAAAAAACUCAAAUGACAAAAGGUUCCUAACUAAUAUGCAAUUUAAAGCAUUCCAUAUUAUGUGGUCUUUAAUAAACAUUUUUACUUCAAACUCUCAA